AUGUCUGAGACUUCAAGAACUACAUUGGAGUUUCAUCAGCCGAAGCCUCCCGCAAGUUGGACCAACCCAGGGACACUAACACUCUCGCAUGGGGAGAAAGAGUCGGACGAGGAGAAACAAGCACAUCAUGAUUUGAGUUCAACUGAUACUGUGACAUCCUCGCCAUUCCCAUCUUCUGCUUCACCUACGCCUCCUGCUGCACCUCCUGCACGGGAUGUCCACGGUCUCAAAUGGGCUUUCGCUGUUAUUGCUAUCCUAUCAAGUGUGUUUCUAUAUGCACUUGACCAGACAAUUGUCGCAGACGUGCAGCCAAAUAUCAUCUACGACUUUGAUUCGAUUGACAAGCUUCCCUGGCUGUCUGUGGCGUUCCUUCUAGGGUCGGCAAGUACAAAUCUCUUCUGGGGACGUGUAUACGGUCAUUUCAACCCAAAAUGGAUAUACGUGCUAUGUGUCGGUGUCUUUGAGGUCGGGUCUGCCGUCUGCGGCGCGGCGCCCAACAUGGAUUGUCUCAUCGUCGGACGGGCGAUAGCCGAUUUAGGGGGUGGCGGCAUGUAUCUCGGGGUCAUGAUGAUGCUGUCUAUUUUCACCACCCCGACGGAGCGCCCAAAGUAUAUUGGGGUCAUCGGAGCAGUGUUUGGUAUCGGGACGGUACUCGGGCCCGUCAUCGAAAGCGCCUUUGCAGACCAUGAAUCCGCAACGUGGCGAUGGGCCUUCUACAUUAACCUAUGCAUCGGGGGUGCUUUCUCUCCAGCAUAUUUUCUCCUUCUCCCAUCCCGUGACCUUCGCCGAGGAGUGAAGUUUUGGGAGAGGUUGAAGGCCAUUGAUUGGGUGGGCAAUGGAUUCAUGGUUGGGGCCUACAUCUCCCUGCUUAUGGCUAUCUCUUUUGGCGGCGCAACCUUUGCGUGGAACAACGGUCGCGAGAUCGCACUUUUCUGCGUCUCGGGUGUUCUGUUCAUCAUCCUGGGAGUUCACCAGGUCUGGUCGAAUCCUCAGCACCGGAUGUUUCCCGUCCAUUUCCUGAAAAGAAAGGAUCUUGUGGUACAGUUCCUGAUAGGGGCAGCCGCCGGCACCUCAUCCUUUGUGACCAUAUACUUCAUCCCCCUCUAUUUCCAGUUUGUGCAGCAUAACUCGUCUCUGCUGGCAGGGGUACGGCUGCUGCCCUUCAUUGGCGCCUUAGCCGUCUUCACUCUCCUGAACGGCCAUCUCAUGGUCCGGUGGGGCUAUUGCAUCCCCUGGUAUGCCAUCGGGUCUGCGCUAGUCAUCGCGGCCAACGCCAUGUUAAUGCAUAUCGACCUUUCCACGUCCAACGCCUUCAUCUACGGCGCCAUGGUCAUCAACGGCAUCGGCACAGGAAUGUACCUGAACGCCCAAUUUGCCCUAGUCCAGUUCCUGGUCCCGCCCCAGGAGAUCUCCAACGCCGUUGGCUUCAUCAUGUGUGCGAGAGGUGGAGGGCUUGCCAUUGCAUUAUCUAUUGGCAACUCCAUGUUCCUGAAUCUGGCACAGAACAGGAUCCAAGCACUCUUUCCCUCGAUGAAUUAUACGCAGAUUCAGAGCCUGACCUCCGGGAUUGGGAGUAGCCUUUUAGAAAGCAUGGACGAGUCAGAGCAGCAGCAGAUUUUGGGGGCGAUUGUACGUGCAAUCAGCCGGGUCUUUAUUGAGUCCUUGGUGGCUGGGUGCUUUUGUUUUGUUUUGACUCUGUUUAUGGAGAGGAGGAAGAUCAGGGUUCAUUGA